UUUCACCAGGUGAUUGUUCGCCCACACUUCCGCGGCUGGCUGGAACCUUCGCAUGAUGUGAAGACAUGGCUGCGCAAAAUACGCGCAGUCGACGGAGAUGGAGAGGCUAAUCUAAAGAAUUUCCUUUUGGCAGGAUAUCUUUGGUAUGAAACAAAUCGUGAUAUAAAUGCCGGCGAAGAAAUAACCAUCGAUGGCCGGCCGCGUACACCAAUACACCUCAGCGAUGGCUUUGUCAAUGGAGCGGAUGCGGGCGCGUUAUGUGCCACGAGUGGAUCACUGCAUGGGGAUGAUAAGAGCGAGCGUGAUAAUGGAUCUCUCUAUAGUGGCGGCAAUACCACCGGCGACGACGAAUAUAACAAGCAGCGUUCGUUCGGCGAACAUUUGGAUGGUAUUGAUUUGUCCGACGACGAAAACGGUUUCGAUAUACGUUGUGAAGUUUGUGAUAAAACCUUUCAGGAUUUGGAAAUUUUGGAUCAUCAUUUGGUAGCCAAACAUUCAUUUCGAAAAGACGAUUUCGCUUGCGAAUUGUGUAGCAAACCAUUUUGUCAUCGUCCUUUAUUGCUGAAGCAUCGCGCCUUAGUACAUAACGAUAUUCGAAAAUAUCCAUGUGAAAAUUGUCCAAAGGUAUUUUGUGAUCCAUCGAAUUUACAACGGCAUAUUCGUGCGAACCACAUCGGUGCCAGAAGUCACGCGUGUCCGGAGUGCGGAAAAACAUUUGCGACAUCGUCCGGCCUAAAGCAGCACACGCACAUCCACUCGUCGGUGAAGCCAUUCCAGUGUGAGGUGUGCUACAAAGCGUAUACGCAAUUCUCGAAUUUAUGCCGUCACAAGCGCAUGCACGCCGACUGUCGCACGCAAAUCAAAUGCGAUAAGUGCGGUCAGAGCUUCAGCACGGGGACAUCGCUAACAAAACAUAGACGAUUUUGUGACUCCACCAACGUACCGCUGCCAAUGCAACCCUUGACUGCUGCAUCUGUCACAUCCGGAGUAACUUUGCCGCCACACCUGCAGUCACCGCAGCAGCAAGCCAUGCAGUCACGUGUCGCAGCAUUGCAGUCAGUUAAUGCCGCGGUGGCUGCCGCAGCGGGAAAUGUCAAUGUUCCGGGUGGUGCACUACCAGCCUCCGGUAUGCCGGGACCAGCCCACCCAUUCCUGCUAUUUCCCACGCAGCCAUUCUUUUCGAGUUUCCCAGUGGCAGCUGCAGCCUACGGCUUUCAAAAUAUGUUUCCCAGCCCAGCACAGGCGUUCCUGUUUCCGAAAACGAAUUUGGAUAUGCGAAUGCCGAGCCUGCAGCCGACAGGCAAUCACAAUGCAGCUGGCAGUUUACCAUCGCCGAAUGCCAUGCGCCUAAACCAGCAACUCAAUUUUGGUUUCGUAGAGAAUGCGCGUGCGGAUAAUGUGUCACCUUCUAGUGAGCACAGUCAGAAGCAGUCGAAUAGUUGCAACAAGGCUGAGGGAGAUCAAGCGACGGAUCUUGAAGAGGAUCAAAAAGCAGCAAUGCCACUUGCGCUUACACUCGCCUGCUCGUCGCCUAAUUUCAUCAAGCAACUAAGCUGCUCACCUCGCAACCAGAGUGAUGACGAAAACAGCUCGUCUUCUUUGGAGCUAAAAGUUUUACCAAACGAAGAUGUGGACGUGCAAGAAGAGACGCCUUCAUUUAAGACCAACAAUUGCAAGCAAGCGGAAGAUGAUAAGAAAUCAAUCGACGUUAUCAGCACGCCACCACCUGCAGAGGCAUUCGAUGAGGAAAGCAAACCCACAACGAGCAGCGUCGAAAUGCCACUCGACUUGAGUAUUAGCCGCAAUCGCGCGCGCGCCGCUAGUUGUAGUCCUACCGCUGAUACUCAGUCGGUACACAGUGAUGGCGCCAACCAGACUACGACGAGCGAGCGUAAUUUUGACCCGGAGCUGCGGGAAUCGAACUCAGCGGGUGCCGACAGCAAUGGCGUUACACCAAAUAAACAACAACGUCUCUCCCAUAAAUCAGAACGAAUUUCCUUUUUUAGAAGCCCCAGACGCAAGUACAAAGUUCCACCUGGGCCUACUCCUUCACCUUCGCCCCCGAGCAACGAACCGCUCAGCUACUUGAAUGCACCAGAAGAAGAAUUGUCACCAUCCAACACCGCGACCGGUAUCUCCUGCCCUCAACCAAAGCAUCCUUAUCCACUACUCCUCGAGGAGAUCUAUCGUUCACGUGCGCUGAGCGCUGCAUUCCCAAGGCCGUUUCCUUUUUUAGGGGCAAUGGGCGGACGGCCAGCCUAUGAGGGUGCACUGCAUCGCGUUGGCAUGCCGUUUCCGCCCGAACCGGCUUUUCGUGAAGCGAUUCGUGCUGCCGGCCUCACAAGCAGCAUGUUGGCUACAACCUCAGGUAAAAUCAAAGAACGAUACACAUGCAAGUUCUGCGGCAAGGUAUUUCCACGUUCGGCCAAUUUGACGCGCCAUCUACGCACGCACACCGGUGAACAGCCAUAUACCUGCAAGUAUUGCGAUCGCGCCUUUAGCAUUUCAUCAAAUCUACAACGGCAUGUACGUAACAUACACAACAAGGAGCGGCCGUUCCGUUGUCACCUCUGCGACCGUUGUUUCGGUCAACAAACGAAUCUCGAUAGACAUCUGAAGAAACACGAGGCGGACACCAGUGGGCUGGGUAUUGGUGUUGGCGAUUCGCCUUCGUCAAUUGAAGCGGAUCGAGAGGACUCUUACUUUGAUGAGAUACGCUCCUUCAUGGGACAAGUGACCUACAAAGAAGACUUGUACACGCCCACAAGUAUUGGUGUCGCAGAAAAUGAUGUCGAAUAUGCGGGCAGUGAUAUGGAAGCCGAGUUGUCCGUCUCGCGUUCGUCAUCAGUAGAUGCUUUGGCUGGAGGUGGUGGUGGGAAUGGUAGUGGUAGUGGAGAGGAGCGAGUCACGAUGAAGAAGGAGUCUACGGGGUCUAUGACUACAAAAGGCAACAAUAAAACGAUCGAAGUAGGCUCGUAAGCAUUCACUGAUAGUGAAGGAUGGGAAGCUAGACAAGUGGAAUAAUUUCUGUCCGAAUUACAAAGUUUGCUGUGAGAAAGUCGACUAUGAUCGGCAAAAACUUCGUAAAACAGCUGCGCUGAGCUCUAACGCAGUCUUCAAUGAUAUCAAUAGUGAUAUAUGUACAUAUGUACACAACUGUGAGCACAUGCUUGUGGAUUAGUAUAGAGCAUUUAUGGAAAUACAUACACAUAUAAACCUAUACCUAUAUGUACACAAAAUGUAUAAAUAAUAUGUGUUGGGCUUAUAAAUAACAGAACUUGGAAUUCUUUUCUUUUAUGAUAAGUUGUGUUGCAUUUUGUUAUAAAUGACUAAGAAAUGUCUAAACCUUUGAUUUGUCUAAAGCAAUCAGGAAUUGAAAAAAUUUAAAAGUAAAAAUUGCUACCAAAAAAACUGAAUUAUAUUAUAAAAGAUCGCAUAAUUUGCACUGACUUAGUAACUUUGUCUAGUUUUAAGCGCCGCGUUAAUUAAAAAUCUGAUUAAAAAAUAGCUCGGUAAGUAAUAAAAGUAAUUUGUACAUAUAAUAGAAAUAAUUAUGUAUGUUGAAAUGUUUUUGCAAUAAUAUACGCACAUAAUACAAUUACAAGUACAUACAUACAUAUGUACUAUAUGAAAGGAAAUACGUAAAUGUUUAAGUAAAUA